AUGCCGAUUGAAAAGUCGCCGGCUCGAAACGGAGACCUUCCUGUUCUACUUGAUGGUGAAGAGAUACGGUUUUCGGAGCCCAAGACCAGGCUGUAUACCCGGCAGCAUCUCGAGGGCGAGGGUGUGCUGCACUUGACCACGAAGCGCCUGGUUUGGCUCGGCGGGCCGGGCUGUGCGAUCGAUUACCCUUUCAUCACCAUGCAUGCCGUCUCUCGCGACAAGAAUGCUUGGCCGGAUCCGUGCUUGUACUGCCAGCUUCGCGAAGAGGAGGCAGAGGAGGAAGAGGAGGAUGCAAACAUCCCAGAACUGAGAUUCGUCCCUGCCGAGCCAGCUCACUUGCAGGAGAUGUUCCACGUGUUCUCGGAAAUGUCUGCGCUGAAUCCUGACCCCUACGACGAGCAAGGGGACGACAGUGGAUCGGAACCGGAUUUGGACGAGAUGCUGGGCGGCCAGUGUCAGCCCCAGAACGAACUUGGUGUCAUGUGGAAUGCAGAAGCCAACGAUGCAGCCAUGGAAGAUGCGGAGGAAGACGACAACGAUGAGCGCAUGUAG